GUGGAUAGUGUUUUUAUUCAGACAUUAUUUGAAAGGCCAGUUGUAUUGCGUCGACUCGAUCAACCAGAUCAUUAAUCGCUGAUCCUUAAUCGUUGAUCGUUGAUAGCUGAUAUUAUCAGACACUUGAUUUAUUUAAACAAAAAAUAAGAUUUAUUUUUUUUUAAAAUAUAAAAUCAUGGAUUUACAGACCUUAAUAAGUACUAUUUUAUUUUCAUUUAUUUUUUUAUUAAUUAUGGUACAUUUUUAUAUACAUGGAAGUAGACGAGGACGACUUUGUGAUAAAAUUCCUGGACCUAAAUGGUAUCCAAUUAUUGGUAAUGCUUUGGAUGUUAUGGUUCCACUCGAGGAUCUUUGGAAUUUUUUCCGACGUUCAUCAAGGAAUUAUUAUCCUGUUUUUAAACUGUGGCUUGGUUUUUGGCCUAUCAUUAAUAUUCGUCAUGCUGAUGAUGUUGAAAUACUACUUAGUAGCAAUAAAAAUAUCAAGAAAAGUUUAUUUUACGAUUAUUUACAUCCAUGGUUGCAUGAUGGUCUGCUUACAAGUACAGGAAAUAAAUGGCGAAGCAGAAGAAAAAUAUUGACACCAGCAUUUCAUUUGCAUAAUCUUCACGAGUACAUGGGUUCGAUUACCGAUCAUACUGAUCGUAUGAUUACCAAAAUAAAAUCUGAAAUUAAAUCCGAUGAUGGAGUUAUCAAGGAACUUUUGCCGCUGCUUACAACAUUCACACUCAGUACAAUUUGUGAAUCAGCAAUGGGAGCAACAGCCAUAGAAAACGAUCCUGCUCAAAAAACCUACAAGCAGUCGGUUUACGAAAUCGGUGAAAUUUUUUACUACAGAGCUGUAAGACCGUGGUUAAAAAGUGAUUGGAUCUUUAAUUUAACAGCCAAAGGUCGCGAACAAGCUAAAUCUUUAAAAAUACUUCAUGGGUUUUCUGACAAAAUAAUAAAGGAACGAGAAAAAUAUCAUGAAGAAACCAAUGGUAAAUAUUUGAAUGACUUUAUCUCAGACGGAAUAAAUUCCAGUUUACAAACUGAAGAGAAAGUGAAACGCAAAAGACUUGCUUUCCUUGAUCUUUUGAUCGCUGCCUCAAAACGAGGACUGGGUGUUGAUGAUCGUGGCAUCAGGGAAGAAGUUGAUACCUUUGUUUUUGAAGGUCAUGAUACCACGGCCAUGGGAAUGUUUUUUGCCAUUUUACUUUUGGCUGAACAUAAAGAUAUACAAGCACGAGCGAGAGAAGAAAUAGAUGCAGUAUUAAAAGAAAGUAAUGGGAAAAUUUCAGUUGAUGAAGUUCAAAAGUUUACGUACCUAGAAUGUUGUAUUAAAGAAUCAUUACGACUUUAUCCUAGUGUGCCUAUCAUAGCUAGAGAAAUCCAAGAAGAUUUACAAUUAAAAAAUUGUUUCGUACCAAAAGGAGCUUUAGUAAAUAUUCAUAUAGUAGACACACAUCGGGAUCCAAAUUUUUGGCCACGUCCAAAUAUUUUUGAUCCCGAUAGAUUUUCGUCUGAUCGUAUAGAAAAACGACAUCCUUUUUCGUACAUACCGUUCAGUGGGGGCCCACGUAACUGUAUAGGUCAAAAGUUUGCGAUGCUUGAACUAAAAACUCUGAUCGCUGGAUUGUUGCAUAAUUUUUAUUUAGAACCACAAGAAAUAGCUGCGAACAUAAGCAUUCUUCCCGAUCUUGUUAUCAGAGCAGCACAUCCAGUCUUCGUUAAAUUUGUACCAAUUGUCUUAAAACGAUCACCUAGAAUCGUAUUUUAUUUGGAAAAAAUUCCUGGUCCUAAAACCAUACCAAUUAUUGGUAAUGCUUUGGAUUUUUUAGUCACUCCAGAUCAAUUGUGGGAUACUGUAAGAUCAAUGAACGAUAAUUAUUAUCCAAUUUAUAGAGUAUGGAGUUUAAAAAAUGGUGUCAUUAAUAUUCGUCACCCUGAUGAUAUUGAAGUUUUACUAUCAAGUUCGAAAAAUAUUUCUAAAAGUAUGAUCUACUUCUUUUUAUAUCCUUGGUUUGGUACUGGUCUUCUUACAAGUACAGGAAGCAAAUGGCAGAAAAGGAGAAAAAUAUUAACUCCAGCAUUUCAUUUUAAUGUAUUACGAGAAUUUUCUGGUAUUUUCGAUCAAGAAGCUCGUCGUAUGGUAAAAGAUUUACAAUUUCACGGCCAAAUUGCACUAGAUCUUGUUCCUUUUAUAACAAAAUACACUUUGAAUGCUAUUUGUGAAACUGCCAUGGGAACUUCGCUAGAAGGUCAAAAAAGUUCGAUGGACAAUUUCCAAAAAAUUUAUCGCAAAGCUAUUCAUGAUUUAGGAAAUUUAAUGUUACACAGAUUAUUGAGACCCUGGUUACACCCAAAUUUUUCAUUUCACCUUUCACCUUCAUCGAGACUUCAAAGUAAAUGCUUGGAUAUUGUUCGAGGUUUUUCUAAAAAGAUUAUUGGCGAACGUAAAAAAUACCACGAAGACACUCAAGGAAUUCAUUUGAAAGAAUUAAAUGAAACGAAUGUCACAGAAGUAGAUAAAGAAUAUACACGAAAAAAAAGAUUAGCAAUGCUUGAUUUAUUAAUUGCGGCGAUGCGAAACGGGCAUAUCGACGAAGACGGUAUCUGGGAGGAAGUUGACACUUUUAUGUUUGAAGGUCACGAUACAACAGCAAUGGGUAUUUGUUUCACUCUUUUACUCCUUGCUGAACAUAAUGAAAUCCAGGAACGAGUAAGGCAGGAAUUUGAUGAUGUUAUUAAGAGUAAUGAUGGACAAAUAGGUAUCACAGAAUUACAGAAGUUAUCAUAUCUUGAACGUUGUAUCAAAGAAGCUUUGCGUUUGUAUCCAAGUGUUCCUUUUAUUUCACGUAAUAUUACCGAUGACAUGCAACUGAAAAAAUAUUUUAUACCAAAAGAUACAAUGGCCCAUAUACACAUCUACGAUUUACACAGAGAUCCAAAUUUUUGGCCCGAUCCGUUGCGUUACGAUCCAGAUAGAUUUUUACCCGAAAAUAUUCAAGGACGACAUCCAUUUUCGUAUGUACCGUUCAGUGCCGGACCACGUAAUUGCAUUGGACAAAAAUUUGCAAUGCUAGAAUUGAAAGCAAUAAUAGGUCAUUUGAUACAUAAUUUUUAUCUCGAACCCAUCGAUCUGGCAGGUGAAAUUCGCAUGCUACCAGAUCUGGUAUUGAGACCGAAAAAUUCAGCCCGCAUAAAAUUAACUCCUCGUCAAUAAAUUAUCAAUAAAUAUAAUAAAAUAAAAUAAGAAAUAGUUUUCACAACAAUUUUUUUUGUAUUUCAUACAAUUCCUUUACA